CUUGUGUUCGUGAUAGUAAUCAUGUUUACAUCCAUAUGCUUCUAUUAAACGAAAGAACCACACGAUCAAAUUAUAAAAACGAUGUCAGGGCAAUUAGCUGGGUAAUUUAUCAUGGCCAUUAUAAAAUUUUGAAGUUUAUAAUAGAAAAUAUUAUGAAAGAAAAAGGAGAAAUAACAGACCUUUUUCAAAAUUCUUUUAAUAAAAAGCGCCGACGUCAUUCAGUAAGUGAGGGUGACACUGACAAGAGUGCAGUAUCUGAUGAUGCAAGCGUUUUAAACCGUAAAUCGGAAAUCCCUUUUCGCAUAAUAAGGAGAGCUAGUGACACAAGAAGUGAACCGAUGACUGAAGAGCAAUGUCGCCUGCUUUGUCUUGGUUGUUACAGUGGUGAUCUAAAUACCGUACAAUUAUUACUGGAAUACAUUCAAGAUGAUGCUAUUAACAAGGAAGAAACACACUGGAAUAUCAAACCGCUGGUAAUUGCGUGUAAAUUAGGGCAUUCAGACAUUGUCAAUAUAUUGUUAAAUGCUGGCGCAAAUGUAAAUCAGAAUGAUGCAACGCAUACACCUUUAACAGCUGCAUGUGAAAAUGGGCAUUAUGAUGUUGUGAGAGAGCUGAUUAAAGCACGGGCUGAUGUCAAUAAAAAAUAUAUGCAUAAAACACCACUUACAUCAGCAUGUUACAUGGGACAUUUAAAUGUAGUUAAAGGGUUGUUAAAAGCAGAAGCUGAUAUCAACUUAACUGAUGAAAACUCAACGCCAUUGGCAGCUGCUUUAAAGAAAGGUCAUUUGAGUGUUGUUGAAGUGUUAAUUAACGCAAUGUUCAACGUCGAUCUAAAGGCAGACGGUAAAACAGCUUUAACAACUGCAUGCUGCAAAUGUAGUUUAAGUGUUGUAAAAGAGUUAGUAAAUGCAGGGAUUGAUGUAAAUCAAAGAGACAAAUAUAAAACACCACUUAAUAUUGCAUGUUUCAGUGGACAACUUGAUAUUGUGAAAGAGUUGAUAAAAUCAGGGGCAAAUGUUAAUCUGAACGAUUUAUCCUAUACUCCACUAGCCGCCUCAUGCGACAAAGGGCAUAUAAGUGUAGUUGAGGAGUUGAUAAAAGCCGGCGCCAACAUCAAUGUCAACUACAGAUACAACACACCACUAAGAACUGCCUGUUAUAGGGGACAUUUGAGUGUUGUCCGUGUGUUGUUAAAAGCGGGAGCUGUUGUCAAUCAAAGAGAAAGAGAUAAAACACCAUUAACAACAGCAUGUUAUAGGGGACAUUUGAACGUAGUAAAGGAACUGAUAAUUGAGGGCGCUAAUGUCAAUAUGCAUGUUACAUGUGACAAAAUAUCAGUUAUAUCUGUGUGUAAAAAUGAACAUUUGAGUAAAAACCCACACAUGGUUAAAGCGUUGGCUGAUAUUAAUCUCAAAAGAGUGUUCAAAACCCCAUUAACAGCAGCAUCAUAUAUGGGACAUUUGCAUGUAGUUCAGGAGUUGAUAAAAGCGGGGGCUGAUGUUAAUCUUAACACACCAAUAACAGCAGCAUCUUACAUGGGGCAUUUGGAUAUAGUCAAGGAGUUGUUUAAAGCAGGAGCCGAAAUCAAUUUGAGUGAUGAAAAUUCAACACCACUGGCAGCUUCAUAUAAACAAGGUCAUUUGAGUAUUGGCGAAGUGUUAAUAAACGCAAUGUUCAAUGUCGAUCUAAAGGCAGAAGGUAAAAGAGCUUUAACAACUGCAUGCUGCAAAGGUAGUUUAAGUGUUGUGAAAGAGUUGAUAAAAGCAGGAACUGAUGUCAAUCAAAGAGAUAGACAUAAAACACCACUAAAUAUUGCAUGUUACAAUGGUCAAACAGACAUUGUAAAGGAAUUAAUAAAGGCAGGGGCAAAUGUGAAUCUGAAUGAUUUAUCUCAUACCCCACUAACAGCAUCAUGCGAUAAAGGGCACUUGAGUGUAGUUGAGGAGUUGAUAAAAGCCGGCGCCAACAUCAAUGUCAACUACAGAUACAAUACACCACUAAGAGCUGCCUGUUAUAGGGGACAUUUGAGUGUUGUUCGUGUGUUGUUGAAAGCGGGAGCUGUUGUCAAUAAAAAAGAUAGAGACAAAACGCCAUUGAUAACUGCAUGUCUAAAAGGACAUUUAAGUAUCGUUAAAGAAUUAAUAAACGCGGGUGUUGAUGUUAAUUUAAAAGGAGACAAAUCACCACUUAAUAUUGCACUUGAGAACGGUAAUUUGAGCAUUGUGAAAGAAUUACAAAUAGCUGGGGCUAAAGAUAAUGGAGACUAUUGAUGUAAAACAGCAUUAACAACCUUGCAAGCAAUUUGAAGCUUAUUAAACUUUAAGUAAUAUUGUGGUUGUAUCAUAGAACUUGUUUUAAGGAUAGAUAGUUAUUAUCAUAAGAGUAAAAAAUUGCAUCAUUUAUCAUUGCAUUAUGUAUUUUACAUUGAGAAGUUUAUAUAAUUUAUUUUAUUUCAUUUCAAAACUAAAUUUUUUUCAAAUAUAUUCGUUUUCGCCCUGUGCGAUAUAUACCGAAAAUUUACCUACCCGAAUUUUAUAAACUUCAGGGAUGUCUCAUGAAAUUUAUUUCACACCCCAUUCCGUCAAUCAUCGGCUAUUAUGGCGUAGAGUUCGGUUUGCGUCGCUAAACUUCGAUGUCUGAGUAAGACGUCAACAAAUUACUUCGAUGUCCACAUGAUAUACAAACAGCUGGUGCAAACUGACAGGAACGUUUAUACAAGUAAACAUUGAUCAAUAUGUUGAUAAUAAUCAUGCAUCGUAUGACAUUUUUAAUGUUUCUUUGAUAUUGAUUUUUGUAAAUAUAGGAUAUUAGAAUCAUGACAUAAGAUAUUUAUAUCGCAUUCGAUAUUAGCCCUUGGUCACUGUAUAUGAGUCCUAGAGCCUAUUGGCUCGUGUAUUGAAUUACAGUGACCUCUGGCUAAUAUAGGAUGCGAUAUAAAAAAAAAAUGCCAUGUAAUAAUCUCUAAUAUUUUUUUUCGUAUAUGUUUGGGAUAUUCUUGUAUAUGAGAUCUGUUUGAUUGAUUUUUAUCUGUAAAAGGAAAUAUACACGUUCAAAAUGUGUUCUUUUGAUUGUUUUCCUUUAUAAUAGACUUGAAUUAAAUGUAUGUAAAUGAAGAGUUCGAAUCUAUGUAUCUCAGAGAGUGCAUAUUUAGAAGUAUAUUAGUUUAUGUGUUAAGAUAAAGACACAGAUAGCCAUGAUAUAAAAAAAUAUAGGAACUCGAUGGAAGUAUCAUGCUGUAAAUAUGCAAAAGGUCACACAAAUAAGAUAUGGUUGUUAAGUCAUUUUGGCACAUCUUUUACAACAUACUCUUAUACCAUGGCAUUUCACACCAUUGACAUAUCAGAUACUUUUUGAGGUUUUUCUCAAUGUAUCGUGUAAAGAAUAAAAAUUGACAGACGGAUUUUAAUGCAAAUAUUUCGGUAAAUAUCAUAACUUAUUUAAUUCUUUAAAUGAAGGAUGUGUAAUUUUUUCAACUUCUCAUAGCAUAGCAUAAUUACCAAACUAAUAAUUUGUUUCAAUUACUCUUAGCAUAGCAUAUUAGAAAUACUAAAUCGUUGCAGACAAAUAUCAUUAUAUUCAAAUCGCUGCUAAAAUAUGAAUGCUUGAAAUGACAGUGCAAAGACAUUUACAUGUACUCACAGUAUUAAAAUAUUUGAAACCAUGAUAAUAGGACUUAAUAGGACAGUUGUCUCCUCGAGGUUUUCAGAAAUUCUUAAAGUACCAAAAAAUGAUGCUAAAAUGUUCACAAAACUAGGCUAUUUGUGUAAUUUAUAUAAAAUUGAAAAGACUUAUAAAAUGCAUAUCAUCCUGAUUUGU